CGGCCACUCCAGCCUCCUCAGCCGGCGGCGUCGGAGCGCGCGCGAGUGAGCGAGCGAGCGUCCUUUGGGCACCUCCGAGUGCGCCUUUCCGAGCGCGCGGAAGAGCUCGCGCGCUGAGGCUAAGGGCAGGCGGAGGGAGCGGGAGCGCGAGGUAGUCCCCCCGCCCGCUUCCCUCCUCGGCUUUGCUGAGGCCGGCAAGAAGCAGCAGCAACAGCAGCAGCUGCUGCCCCUGCCGCCUGGUUGGCUUGCCGCUGCGCCGCGUGCUCGAGCCGGAGGCUGCUUUGCGAGCGCCCCGCCGCCCCGCUCCAGCCAAAGGAGCCGGCGCUGGGCUCGCGGCAGCCGAGGCAGCCCUGGCUCUCGGGGGAGCGACCCUGUGCAUGCUGCCACACGCAUGUGCGGGCGAAGGCUCCGGGAUCGGAGCCGCUGCCUCGGCGGGCAUGAAAUGUGCGCUCCUCGGGCUGGCGAAAUCGCCCAGCAAGAAAGGCGCCGCUGAAUGGCCGAGGGGGGAGCGGGAGGAAGAAGGCGAGGAAGAGCCGGCCGGAGCCAGGAGCCCCAGCCGCUGCUUGCCCAGCAUGCUGAGGAAGGUGGAAAGACAUGAUAUGAAUACCCUCAGCCUGCCUCUUAAUAUUCGCCGGGGAGGUUCGGACACCAACCUCAACUUCGAUGUACCUGAUGGUGUGUUUGAGUUUCACAAAGUAAAACUCAGUGCGGACAGUUUGAAGCAAAAGAUUCUGAAAGUUACGGAGCAGAUCAAAAUAGAACAAACAGCUCGGGAUGGGAACGUGGCAGAGUAUUUGAAGCUCGUGAACAGUGCGGACAAACAACAAGCGGGUCGAAUUAAACAAGUAUUUGAAAAGAAGAAUCAAAAGUCUGCCCAUUCCAUAGCCCAGUUGCAGAAGAAAUUGGAACAAUAUCACAGAAAGCUCAAAGAGAUAGAACAAAAUGGUUCCUCCAAAAGUACCAAGGAUACUUCCAAAGACAGCCUGAAGGAAAUCCAACAUUCCCUGAAAGAUGCCCAUGGGAAAUCUCGUACUACUGGCCAGGGCAAUGAGAGCAGCAAAACAGGUGUUCCAGGAGUCUCCUUGACACCACCAGUGUUUGUUUUCAGCAAGUCCAGAGAGUUUGCAAACCUGAUCCGGAAUAAAUUUGGUAGUGCUGACAAUAUUGCUCACUUAAAGAGCAGCCUGGAUGAUUUUAGGCCAGAAACUACUUCCAGGGCCUACGGCGGAAGUGCUACUAUAGUGGCCAAGCCAAAAUACACCAGUGAUGAUGAGUGCUCAAGUGCAACAUCUGGCUCUGCGGACAGCAAUGGAAACCAGUCCUUUGGCCAUGGUGGAACAAAUGCUCUGGAAAGCCAUGGGAAACUAUCGAUUCUCUUUGAGGGACUGCGGGAAAUAAAGGAAGCACAAUCCCAGUUGGCAGAUGACAUUGAGAAUUUAAAAGUACAAUUCAAAAGAGAGUAUGGCUUUAUUUCUCAAACGCUGCAGGAGGAAAGGUACAGGUAUGAGCGAUUAGAAGACCAGCUGAAUGAUCUAACAGACCUCCACCAGCAUGAGACAGCCAACUUGAAGCAAGAACUUGCUAGUAUUGAAGAAAAGGUGGCGUAUCAGGCCUAUGAACGGUCGCGAGAUGUUCAGGAAGCUUUGGAAUCUUGCCAAACACGGGUCUCUAAGCUGGAGAUUCAUCAGCAAGAACAGCAAGCCCUGCAGUCAGAAACCGUUAAUGCCAAAGUCUUGCUGGGGAAAUGUAUAAACGUAGUCUUGGCCUUCAUGACCGUAAUCCUAGUGUGCGUCUCCACCAUAGCCAAGUUUAUAGCUCCUAUGAUGAGAAGCCGUUUCCAUAUCAUUUGCACCUUCUUCGCAGUAACUCUUCUUGCAAUUUUAUGCAAAAACUGGGAUCACAUUGUCUGUGCCAUAGAAAAGAUGAUCAUACCAAGAUGAAUCCACAAUGCCCAGAGCAUUUUUGUUUUUAAAAGAAGAAAUACUUCUAAACAAACUACCAAAUCUUUAAUUUUGCAGUUUACCUGUGCAGACUAAAUGAAGACUUUUCUAUUGGGUAUUAAAAUGUGAUGGUGAUAACUCCUGGCAGUGUAUUUCACCUCAUCAGUCACCUUAUACGAAAUGAGGUGAAUCUGUUAUAGACUAAUUACUUGUGUAAAUCUUUCUGCCUUAAUCUAAUCUACUUUUUCUACGCUGCAGAAAUCCUGAACAGUCAAGUCUUGAAUACAUGAUCUAAACUAGACUGGGGUUUAGGAGAAGAAUAGUAUAAAUAAGAAACAGCAAUCCUAGUUGGGAGGUUGCAUAUUCAUGAACAGUCACCUGCAUCAUUCCACUUUACAUAGUAGCUACUGUUUGUUCCCUUAUGAAGCAUAUGCAAACAGUAAGCUGAGAUUUACACACCUUGGAGAAGUGCACAUUUUUGGCAUCUCCUGAAGACAGAUAUUUAUAAGGUAGAAACUGUGAUGGAGUUUAUUAUCUCGCUUGCCUGCUGCUGACAUUGGCCCAAUAAGUCAAAGAGGAUUCUUACUUAAACCUUGCCCCAAAAUUGUUUUUGCCUUACAGUUUAGUUUAUAUUAAAUAUUAUAUUCCAUUCCACUUCUGUUUCAUGAUCUUAAAUAUAUAUACAUAGCUGUCCCAACUGUUGAAUAAAUGAGGAUCUGCCAAUCAUGUGGUCCAAACAUGGGUAUUUAUCUCUUUUUGAUAAAUCUAUGUUGUCUAAUGGGAACUACUUUUUGGCUGAAAUGCAGUGAUAGGAGUCGCUCAUCACAUCGCUUUAGAAACCUGCAGCUGUCUAGUGACUGAUGUUGCCAUGAGCAAAUAAGAACAAUAGCAUGCAGUCCAAACAGUAUAAUCUUUUCAGCUUUUGUUUUCAUUUUUCCUGUCCUUGGUUGUUUUUUUUUUUUACUUUUAACCACUAAAAUAUAUUGUCUGAUGUAUUUCUCUGGUGAUAAUUUGUGAUGCUCUCCCAACAUCUAGCUAUAGCAGGGCAGUAUUUUCAAAUCAAUGUCUUUAGCCUAAAAUAAUACCGCAAUCACUGUGAAGUUUGUAUUGAAAUAAAACUUCAUGUAUGAAAAUACUUGUAUAAGAUAUGUGAAUAAAUAUGGUUAGGAAGUGAAAAGGUGAGAAAUACAUUAAUGGUGCUUUUUUUGUUUGUUUAAAAAACGAUGAAAAGGCAUCUGCCAAUUUAAUUAUCAGCACUGGUUGCAGAAGAAUGUUGUAACAGUAAUUUGCUUGAAUUCUAAUGAAUUUCCCUGUUGCACAUGUUCCAUUAAUUUUAAUGGGGUUCACACUAGAGAAUGAUGAAACUGUUAAGUUUCAGUUUCUCGUGAGUUUCACAUUUUUAUAAUUUUAAGUUUAGUUUACCACAUUUCUGCAUCCAUUUGCUAUUUUAUGUUUUGGUUAUGCAUUUUACAGUAAUGCACAUUUCCCCCUAAUAUAUGCAUUUUUGUACACAUGUUUGGGUUGGAGAACUGCAUCAUGAAAAUUAACAGAACUGUGAAUUUUGAAAGCUACCUGUAUUUAAAUUCACGUACAUUGUUUCAGGAAGUGUGAAUAAGGUAUGUUCACAUUGGGCUCUUCCAUACUGUAGUUUAAUGGGAACAGUAAGUUUUCCUGUACUUUCAUUAAUUUUCCAUUGUCCAUAUGAUGUUCUCCUCCGAAUCACUGACCUCCCUCAGUUUGGAUUCUUUCAUACCAGGGAUGCUCCAAAAGGAGAGGGUGUGAGAAAAUCUGGAGGAGGAUAGACUGUGACUUGGAAGAGAAUGCCAUGUGGACAAUGGAGAAUUAAUGGAGGUACAGGUAGGUUACUAUUGACAUUAAACAAUGGCAUGGAUGAGUCCAUUAAGAUGUGAACCAAACCAGAUUUCUCCCUCAUCUCUACCUCACACAGGAGAAACUGUGCUCGAAGGGCACUUCCAGAUGCAGGCAUCUGCCUAUGAAUGUAAUUGUGUAGAAGACUAGCACUGUGCUGUUGCCAGCCUGCUAUAGUAAGAAUCCUGCCUGUCAUGGUAGGAUCAGGGCUAGUGUUUACUUAGCAGUUUUAGUGCUAGGAAAGCAAUAGUGGCAGCACUUGCGAGAAUUGUAUUUUGCUGAACAGUGAAGGCUUAGUAAAGGCUGUGCAGUUCUCCUGAGAAAAGCCCAAUGUUUGGAAAGCCCCCUUGAGGCUUGGCAUAAUUUCAGGAGCUAAUUUGCUAACAAUGUAAAUACUGGUAAAGUUUGCACUUUAAAAAUGGUUAAAAAAAUCAAUAUGUGCAAUGUUUUGUUUUCAUGUUUUUUUAAAAACAAACAAAUGUGGAACUGAACUUGCUGACGAUAAAGGCUAAGACAUCUGUCUAUAUAAACAGCAUUGCUAACUAUAUCAGUAAUCAAGAAGACAAUGGAGACAACAGACAUAUAUUAUAAAAAAUGUCCUCCAUUUUCCUAUUUAUUCCCCGAUGUUCCCUUAUUGUUGCAUUAAAAUCUCUAAUUUGAGGGAGGAAGAGUGUGGGUGAGUGUACUGGGUCUGUCCCCCUCCAAUGUCAGAGCCUGUAGAGGCAUUGACCUCCAUGCCACAGAGGGAAGAACUUCUCAAGUGAAGAGUCUGGUCUUGCACAUGUAAACUCCCUGUAUGGGAUGUUGAUGGUUCCCACAAGGAGCUUCACCCAAUAGAAGAUGUCCCUCCUUCAGAUGUUUGCCUUCCCAAUACAUGGAAACAGUGUUGGAAGUGCAAUUUAUGGAAUAGGGCCAACAGGCUUGCUCCGCUUCUCCCCCUCAUACAAUUCAAGUAUGAGACAGAAUACCCAAAUAAACUGAAUUCUUUGCAAAAGAUCCCAAAGUACCCCUAUUUUUUUGGGGGGGGGAGACUAAACUGGGUGCCUUAAUCUACAUCAUAUCCUCUAAAAAUGUCAGGAUAAUAGUUUGUUCCUUUUAGGUUCUUUUCCCCAAACCUCCUUUGGACACAUUUGGCUAUUUUCUUUACCAGAUACGUUAAAGGCCAGGUUCAGUGACUCUGAUAGGGUUACCAUACACCCGGAAUUUCCCGGAUAUAGCUGCCAUUUGGCCCUCUGGGCAGAAAUCACUGAAGUGUCUGAGGAAAUCUGGAUGUAUGGCAGUCCAUGUCAGAAGUGUAGAUUUUGGCGAACUUUGCCCCACCCCAUCCCCAAAUCUCAACAACUCAAAUUCACGAGCGGACUUUCAAAUUUCAGUAGCACCCUGUGCGAGGCAAAAAGUUGGCACCUCCCCCAUCUCUCAACUUCCGUUCUGCUCAGUUCGAUACGUCAUAGUUGUGAUGCUGAGCAGCCUAGGCUCAGUGCCCAGUGCUGCCAUGCUGCCCUAAAUUCACCUCUGGUUCCACAAGUGGAAGCCAGUGCAAGGGAUCACACUAGCAUAACAGGGCUUCCCCUCUCCUCCCUCAAAUCUGCUCUGGAAAGCCGUGAGACCCCAAACAGCCUGCAGAGAGAAGAUCGUUCCUUGCCUGACAAAAUGAUCUCUUUAGCGUUAUGUGAAAUUCCACUGUAGGAGUUUAUCUCCUAUGUCCUCUUAAUCAUGAGUUGUUGCAUCUUGCUUAUGUAUUUUAACCGUAGCUAAAUUUGUUCCCAAAGUACCUUGCCUGAACAACAGCAAGUUUUUGCAGUAGCAUAUGUGCUGUUGUUUUAAAGCUAAUGUGCCAACUGAGUAAUUUCCCGACCCUCCCCAGCUCUGGCCCCAUGCGUUUCUUCUGGGUAAUGGCAUUUAUUUUUCUUGGGACUUUGUCCUGAGAUUACUUCCCUUCUGUUCAGGAGGAUUUCCCUUGUUUUGAUUACCAGCCCUUGUGACGCAGCUGUGGAACAUCUUGCUUUUCCUUUGGUUCAACAGUGCUUUCCCAUCUUUAUUCAUAUGAAUAGAACUGUAAAGUAUUGACAAUAGGGAUGUUCCAGACCGUGAACUAGACACUAUGCUCCAGACUCAGAAAGUUUUCUCUGUUAUACAUCUGUUUGCAUCAGGCAAUUUUAAAAACUGUUUCUCCCUACCUGCAAACUACUAAGGAUUCUCUUAUAUACUAUUUAAUUCUGACUCUAGUUUAGUAUCCUUUUCUCUUUUUUACCCCCCUCAGGUGCAACAGUCAUUUUUUCUUAAUGUAUCACCCAUUGCUGCAAAUGAGUAAUAUCUUGUUUACACUCUCCUAUUUUACAUGUAUAGUACUGCAGGCUGGCCUAUUGAGAUGAUAUGUAAAAUAUUGGGAUACUUUACGUUUUACAAAAUGUGGGAUUCACUUGUUAGUAGCUUUACUAUUUUGAAGAAGAAACAAAAAAGAUCAAACUUUAUACUGUUUCCUGUUUCUUACUAAUUUAUGGUGCAGUCUUCUAAGUAGUGAUAUAAACCACCAUUCAUCUCAGUGGAGCUUAUGUAAGAACUGUUGAAAUUAAUGGAGCUUGUGCAAUGCUUGACUCUACACAGAAGACACACUCUAGUGGGAAUUUUCCCUAUUUACAUAGGAAUGGGGAUAAUUCCAAAGGCUAUCCAAGUGAGUAGCACAUGUUAUGUCCAAACAGUGUCUUUGUUUACUUGAAACUUUCUUUAGACUAGCUGACAUCUCUGCAUUUUCUGUUCCUGGUCCUAUCUCAGUUCCAUACCAAAUAGCUAAGAUAAAUCCAACAUUUAACAGCUCACAUUAUUUUAGAUUUUGAUGCCACCAAAACACCUUCCAAACUGCAGAACAGAAUUAUAUUCCAAAAAUCUAUUAUGUGGCCCAGAAAAAUUAAUCUUCAACAUUUAUCCAAAUACACUGUCAUUAUUUCUGUGUCAGAUGUAGCUUGCUGUAUUUAUAUUGAUGCUGUAAUUAGCUAGCAUCUAAAUGAUAAAGUAGAAGAGUUUAGCAGUGCUGAACAGCAGCAGCAGGAUGUACAUUCAGGUUUGUAAGGAACAAAACCAUCACUGUUAAUUAACUCGGUGUAUAAUAAUGAUCUUGCCAAGUUUGUACAAUGUCACAGCACUUAACUGAGAUUGCACAGACUUGGUCCAGGGAUUAAAUGUAGCUGCCUAAAAAUAUUAGGUCACAACUUGCCAGCACAGUUCACAGAACCCUAAAGUCCCAUUGUAAAAUUAAAAAGCACUUGCAGACCUGGUUUUAAUUUAUUGCAAUAAGGACAUGCCUAAUUGAAACCAAUGUGAUCGUUCCAAAUGUAGGAACAGAGGACUCCUGAGUCUGAGGUAAGCCACUGUAGGAAAGGGGUAUAGAUAGACAUGCAAGACAAUUGCUGGGUACCUGAAGAAAUCCAUUACCAGCUUUCUUCUAGACAACAACUUGGAUGAUGGAAAAAAGUGAGAGGUGGGAAUCCAAUAGAAUUCAUGCCCAGAUACAGAUUAUAAGCAGACGUUGGGAGCCAUUGUAGCCAAUACUGGCUUGGCUAAGGGGAAGGUGCAUUGCAAUCUGAAGAGGGAGAGAGCAGAACAUUUUUAAGGCAUUAAUAUCUUAAAAAGGAGAAAUACCUAUUGCCCUUUGGCUGUUGUUUUUUUAAAAAUAGAAUCUUCAGUUACUUUAAACUUUCCCAGGCCUUUUGCCGUAGCACUGAUUUUGCUGGGCAGUUAUACUGAUGCCAGUGGAAGUCCCCCCAAGUAUUAUUGGAAAUUGGUAAGGAGGCUUUGACGAGCACAAGGACCAUAGCAGACCAUUGAGCACAGUUGCCCCCUUCAUUCCCCUCCCACCCCAAAAAACCCUCUGCAGUUUUUCAUGAGCAACUUCUGCAACUGCAGAACAUGUUAACGAAAGGCACAGAUGAAUAAGGUGGUCGUAACAUUCAAGUUGUUAGAGGGAUGCAAUGCAGAAUUUGAAAUUCUGCUGUGUGCAGACCUUUCAGUGAAAUUGAUAAUCCUCCUUAAGCCAAAAUAAUAGUAUAUAAAUCGUUUUGUUUCAAUUGACUGAAAUGGGAAUCACUUGAUUUUUAAUGGAGUGCUUGAAUUUACACCUGAUCCUAAGUAUAUUUAUUUUGAAGAAAGUUCUAAUGAUGUCAAUAGCAAACCAUUCCUCUUACAAACACAAUCUAUGCUGAUUUGUUAAUCAGAUUUUCACUCAAACAAACAAACAAACCUGGAAGUUACUUUUCCAAAAUAUUAAAAUAGGAAUGACCGUACCAUCAUCAAAUAAUUAAUCUACUAUAUUAGUAAUUUUUUUGGUGGUAUUGCAGUAACCAUAACUGGCACAAAACUAGUUGGUUCUAAUCAAAUUUGUACACAUCAAAACAAUGAUCUCUCUUAGAAUGUCAGGUCCCACAUUUUAGGAUUCCUUCAUAACAAAGCUUUGUUUUAGCCAAACUCAGCUUCUUUGUGGGUGUACUAGUCAGAGGUUUACAGAAACAUCCAAGGAACCAAAGUGAAUUAAGAGUAUACUCCCUUGGAACUGCCUUUCGUAUUCACUUUGUGACUUCUUGUUAUCUUUAUAAGACUUGUGUCUGCAAACAUGCAUGUGUUUGCACUCAUAUCCUGUUUAUGUGUAUGUGUAAAACUGUAAUGUGUGAUGCAGAUCUGAGUCAAAAGAUUUAACUGCUACAAUUUUCCCCCGCAACAGAAUCAUGAAUUCUCAUUUACCUUAUCAUCACCAUCAUUAUUUUGGCCUUGUAUAGUGUCUUCUUCAUGGAACACAAAGGUGCUUUUACUUUGUCAAAUUCUCAAUUAUACUAGGUCUUGCUACUUCACUACUGAAUAUAUUUAUAUAUAAUUUUAAAAAUCCAUACUUUAUGUUCUAAAUAUAAAUCAUCAAUGUAUUUUAUAAGACUGUUUAGCUUCUUAGAAAGAAUUUAAUGCUAAGAGUUAUAUAUUGCACUGUGUCAGUGUCUGCCUGGUUUGGUUAUAAAUGAAACGAUGUGACUAUAGAAUAAGGAUGUGCAAAGUAGAACUAAGCAGAUAGCAUGUUUACAUGUAAGCUAAUUCUGCAUUAAAAAUGAUUAUAGAUUUCAGGCAGAACCUUUCAGGUUCCUGAAAUACUCAUGGAACCUUUCAUGUCUUGAGUUAUCGUACAAAUCUAGGUUUAGAAUCUUUGUUCUCAGUAUGAAUUAAAACACUGUACAUACUGUUUGCAUGGUGACUGGUUGAGCUGUCAUGUAAGAUUUUAAUUUAUUGCAUAUGUUUAGUGAAUUAAGUUGUUCCUCAGACUUUUCCUUCCUCUUGUUUUUGUAAGUAAUGCCAAUUAGGCACUGUGGGGAAAGUCUACUUAAAAGUCUUCUGAACAAUCCAUUUUCACUGAAUGACAAUUUUGUCUCUGUAUAUGUAACAUACAGUGUAACCAUACCACUUACAUUUUGUGUGGCACUGUGUAAAUAUAAAUGUAUUUGCAUUCUUUAUUGUGUUCUGUAGAUUUCAUAAGGUGAUAAUGACUGCCCCAAGGAGCCACCUUUUAAAAAAAACAAAAUAAAGGUUUUUAAAUUUA